AAUGCGGAAUUAAUAAUGUACAAAUUAUUAUUUUAAAAAAGUUCGUGUUCUGUUCCGCUAUUUCGCCGAAGAGAGGAGAUAUUUGAUUGGCUACGACCGACUUCCUUAUAAGAAAGCAGUCAGACAAGUCUUGAAAGGCGCAGGUUGCUACUACACGGAAUAGCCACAUUCUUAGUUAACGAGCAAUCCAUGUAUAUAGUAUCUUGUGUUGACAUCGGACAUGUAAAUUUAUCAAACGGAAUAUAAAUAGCAUGGCCAAGAAACUAAGAAAGUUUCUGAUUAUUCUAGACAACGAAAGUCUAUUAUAUUUUCCAGGAUCUUUUUUAUCGGGACGUGUUUUAGUAGAUUUGGAUGAGGAAACACCUGUUUUGGGGCUCUAUUUCCACAUCGUUGGAGAGGGUGUGGUUCGUUUAUCUAAUACCACCGGUGCCGGCAGUUACAACGAUAAAGAAAAUUAUAUAGAUUUUCGUAUGAAACUGCUUGGAGAUACUCAACCUAAAGAAGAAAAUUUAGAUCGAGUAGUCAUUCUAUCCCCCGGAGUUCAUUCGUUUCCGUUCAAACUGGGUUUACCUUUAGGUUUGCCUUCUACAUUUUUAGGUAAACAUGGCUGGGUACAAUACUAUUGCAAAGCGGCUUUGAAAGAACCUUCCGGUUUAAUACACAAAAAUCAACAAGUGUUCAUAGUGAUGAAUCCUAUCGAUUUGAAUCUUGAACCUCCUCUUCUCAUGCAACCUUUCCAUUGCGAAAUAGAGGAAAAUCUUGGUGUUCCUUGUAUGACUUCUGGUCCAGUUACUUGUAGAGUCCGACUAGACAGAGGGGGAUAUGUUCCAGGAGAAAGCAUUUGUAUUUAUGCUACAAUAGAUAAUAAUAGUCGCGUUACUAUCAGGAAAACCAAAGCCAUCCUGACCGAAACAAUACAAUAUACGGCUAAAAAUAAACUAGUGCACUCGGAAACUCGGGAACUAGCAUCGUUAGAAAAGGGACGUAUUCAAGCCGGAACUUCUGAUUAUUGGAAAAAUGAAAUGUUAUACAUCCCUCCUUUACCUCCAACGAAUUUACGAGGAUGUCAUUUGAUACGUGUUCAAUACGAUGUUUAUUUUUUAGUGCAGCCAAAAGGUCUUGAUCGUGAAAUAAAAUUACAACUUCCUAUUAUGAUGGCGACGUAUCCCAUUAAGAAUACAGAUGGAACUUUACAGAGAAGGAAAGGAACUAAUUACCCUGCUAUGUUGCCUGUAUUUCGUCCAUGGUUAAAUGGAGGAACUCUAAAAAAAUAAUCUAAAUUUUGUCAUUCAAGGCCAAAUGUUUAAGUAUUUGAGAUGCCAGAAUCAAAUUAUGUAUAAAAAUUUUGUAAUUCUGAUGUAACAUUUUCAAUAUCUAACUGAUAAUGUAUCAGUUAAAGAAAUUUAAUGUAACACAAUUUUAUAUAUGUGAAUUAAUCAAAAUUUAAUGUGUGCCAUUAUUACAUUGCCUUACUUUUAUAACAAAUAAAACAAAAUGUACAUAUAAAUUUAAUUUUGCAUUAAAAUUUUUUAAUUAUUUAUUAAAGACUUGUGAAUUUUUAAUAAUUAGUAUGAUAAAUCUUAACACAGAAUUAAU